AAACAGAUUUCCCUGUUAUCUAGUCAUUCAGUGGACUUGAACGAGUCAUUUCUGAUUGAAAUUUAUAAAAAUGAAGCUAUUAAUAGUGACAUGUAUUUAUGUGAUUGCGAUUGUUUAUGCGCAAGACGAAGAAGAUCAUAGCCGUCAUCCAGAUUGUCAAGUCUCUGCGUGCCCUAGAGACGACCAGGGAAAUCAAACAUAUAGACUUGAUUGUACUAAAUAUGUUUCAUGUGCCGAUGGUCAUCCUACUGUCAAGGACUGUCCAUCAGGAUAUAAAUACAAUACGGAAGCAAGAAAAUGUGAAAUAAGUAUCGGUGGAGCUGGUCAAGGCUGUCUUCCAUGUUGGAUAAAGCAUCCAAAUUACAAUUAAAAUUUUUAUUUUUUAAAUCUACAAAAAAAAAUAUAACUACUAUAUGAUUAUUAAGAAAAUAAACUCUUCGAAACAGUUAAAAAUAAA